UCUACGCAACGCCUACGUAUGUAGUACGUACGUACGUAUACAGAUAGAUCGUGUUUAUAAUCGGAGCGGCGAGGCUGCUCCGCAUGCCGGCGACCCGUGUGAAUCACCAAUGAACGGCACUGCCCCGCUCCCAAAUGGCUCUAAUUCGGCCCUCGCGGCAGGUCACCACCAGCCGCUACACGGCCGCGUGGCCAUCGUGACCGGCGGCUCGGGCGGCAUCGGCGCCGCGGUGACCACGCACCUGGCGUCCCUCGGCGCCCGCGUCGUCAUCGGCUACAUCGGCGACCCGGCCACAGCAGACAACCUCGUCGCCUCCCUCAACGACAGCGCGUCCGGCUCCGGGCCAAACCCAAACGGUGCCGCGCCGCGCGCCAUCGCGGUGCGCGCGGACGUGUCGGACCCGGCGCAGGUGGAGCGGCUCUUCGACGCGGCGCAGGCGGCAUUCGGCGCGGAGCUGCACAUCGUGGUGGCCGCGGCGGGGUUCCAGGACGCGGCGUACCCGGCCAUCGCGGACACGGACCCCGAGCAGUGGGACCGGGCCUUCGGCGUGAACGCGCGCGGCACGUUCCUGUGCUGCAGGCAGGCGGCGAGGCGGCUGGUUCGCGGCGGGCGCGGGCGCGUGGUAACCUUCUCGUCCUCCAACGUCGGGUCGCUCCGGCCAGGGUACGGCGCCUACGUGGCGACCAAGGCGGCCGUGGAGGCCAUGACCAAGGUGCUGGCCAAGGAGCUCGCCGGGACUGGCAUCACGGCCAACAGCCUGGCCCCGGGCCCGGUCGCCACGCCCAUGUUCUACGCCGGGAAGUCCGAGGAGCGUGUCAGGGCCGUCGCCAGCGAGUGCCCCAUGAAGCGGAUCGGCGAGCCGGAGGACGUUGCGCCGGUGGUCGGCUUCCUCUGUAGUGACGCCGCUGGGUGGGUCAAUGGCCAGGUCAUUCGGGUUAACGGUGGGUACGUGUAAUAAGGACUCAUGCAUGCGCUGAUCGAUGUGCAUGCAGCCAAGUCCUAUGGUAGGCUAUGCGCCGGGAAAUGGUGCGUCAUGUACUCAUGUACAUGCAUUAGGCCAUUAACCCGCAUGCAUGCCAAAUCAUCCGUAUAUGCACUUUGGAGCAAAGUUACACCGUAAAUCGAGCAAUCAGAAUGUUUUCUCCAA